GGCCCCUCGCGGCUGCCAGGCCGGCUCCGGCCCGCUCGGCGCUGGGGCAGCGGGGGGCGUGUCUAGAGCUGGGUGGUCGCGAGGCUGGGGGCGGCGGCGGCGGCGGCGUUACGGCAGCUACCACGCGACCCGCCGCAGGGGCCGGGACUGCAGGCAGGCGGGAUGAUGGCAUCUAUUUGUGAGCGCACUUUCAUUGCCAUCAAGCCUGAUGGAGUCCAGCGGGGACUAGUGGGAGAAAUCAUCAAGAGAUUUGAACAGAAGGGUUUCAAACUGGUGGCCAUGAAAUUCAUGCAAGCCUCUGAAGACCUUCUGAAAGAACACUACAUUGAUCUGAAAGAUCGGCCAUUCUACGCUGGUUUGGUUAAAUAUAUGCACUCUGGACCUGUUGUAGCUAUGGUGUGGGAAGGUCUUAAUGUGAUUAAGACUGGCAGAGUAAUGCUGGGGGAAACUAACCCAGCAGAUUCCAAACCUGGCACCAUACGUGGUGACUUCUGUGUUCAAGUUGGCAGGAACAUCAUUCAUGGCAGUGAUUCUGCAGGAAGUGCUGAGACAGAGAUCAACCUGUGGUUCACUCCUGAGGAGUUAGUUGAAUACACAAGCUGUGCUCAUCAGUGGAUUUAAGGGCUAGUCUGCUAUGGCAGCGCUUUAAUGUGGCCAGUGUAGUCGGGGCAAGGCGCUGGGAGAGAGCUCCCAGCACUCUAAAAAAAAAAAAAAACACUUCCACAAGAGGCGUAGCUACCAGCGCUGGUGCAGUCUACACUGGCGCUUUACAGCACUGAAACUUGCUGCGCUCAGGGGGGUGUUUUUUCACACCCCUGAGUGAGAAAGUUGCAGUGCUGCAAAGUGCCAGUGUAGACAAGCCCUAAGAGUAAAAUCUGGUCUGUGACUUUUAACAUCCACUCAUUCCAAUGAUUAUGAAUCCAGAAACAGUUCCUAUUGCCAUUAUUCUUUAGUUAUUUCAAGGCACUUCUGUAUAAACUGGUGGAAAUCUCUCUCUCUCUAAUCUGUGUUGUGAAUAUUACAUGUAACCAGUGUUAACAACUGCUGCUCUAAUUAAAAAGCUAUUGAAUUAUUAAUUGGGAAGCUUUCUAACUCUCUGUGUGUAGACAAGAGAAGAGGAUUACAAUAGGGGAAAGGAUCUUUAAUUAACGACUAAACACAAAGCAUAAACUUUCAUGAAAUGCUCUGUAACCCCCAGAGGAUAACUUGGUAUAUAGUAACUCUGUAAAUAGAUCCAUAAUAUCCCUAAAAUACAGGAAUUAAAGAAUGAUAUAGAAGUAAGGUUAGCAAAAAGUAAUUUAAAAAACUGUGAUAAACAGCUAUGGGAAAAAUUCAAUUUUUUUUCUCUCCAGAAAGGCAGUGCAGUUAUAACAUAGGCAACAGCUUCCCUUUGAAAAUAAGGGUUUUAACUAGAUUGCUACUUUAAACUCAUUGUUUUCCACCUUAGGAUCAGUCAUUUAUGUAGCAUUUUAAGGCAGGAUUAGCACGGCAGCUUUUUAAAAUGGCCUUUUAUGAGAAAAGAAGAUUAAUGUGCAAGGGCUGCUCAGUAAGCUUUACCUCUUGUCACUUCAGUGUAGCAUUCUGUUUGACAUUAGUAAGCAUAUCAGCAUUGCAUUAUAUCUCUGUGCAAACAACUGACGACAGCUCAGAUAUAUUCUUUCCUUAAUUGUUUGAAUGGCAAAGUAAACUGUGCUUGGAUAAGCUUUGUCAAAAGUGACUUUGGAACUCAGGAGCCUAAGUUUCAGUAGUAGUCAACGUGCUUUUUAAAACUUUACCCAUUGUAUUUAAACUUAUUCAUAUGACAGUUUUUCUGUAAUAUUAAACAGGUCCCAGUAGUGCAGUUUAGUUCUAGCCACAAACCUUUCAGCGUCCUGCAGAGUUGCUAUGGCUGUAUUCAAUGUCCAACUGUUGUAUUCAGCUCAGGAGCCAGAAGUGGUAUUUGGCUGAAUAGUGGAUACAGCAAUAAAUGAGUAGCAUAUUUAUUCAAUUGUAAUAGGAUGUUAGUUAAAAAGCAAAACACAACACAACAAUAAUUAUCUGAACACCCUAACAUUGCAAAUCAUCAUUAGAAACAAAAUUUCCUCUUGUGUUUUGCUACUAACUUGUUGAUAUCACUCAUUCCUAAAACAAAACCUGCACAUAAACAUUUGCCUUUGAUUAAGCAAUAGAAAUUUAGUAGAAUUUCAUGUCCAAUACCCAAGCAUGAUGAAAGCAUUAAACCCAUUUUUUAAAAUGACGCUGGCAAUUUAAAUCUAUUCAGAAAAUCAGUAUUUUUAGAAAAAAAACUUAAUUUUUCUUUAAAAAGUGGACCAAUGUAUUUCAGCACAGUCUCUGUUCAGAAUGCUCCUUUGACUGUAAUAGAUGCUUCUACAUCACGCUAUUUAGAUCUGCCUUUUAAAAUAUUUGAUAGCAGUAAAGUGAGUGUUGGAAAAAACUCAGAGGAAUGAGUAGUAGUCUUGCUAUAGCCUUAUCUCCAAAACUGUACUCUUCCAGAGUCUGUGGCUGUGGGGUGCCAGAGGGAAGGGUAGUGGGAGAGUCUGUCUCCUAGUUUUGAGGAGGAAGAGAUAAAUGGUUAUUUUCACUGGGAGGAACCAGAAGAAAGUAGAACCUUGCUCCAAUUUGCUAGUGCAUUAUCAUAAAUGACCAAUAGGAAGAAGUGGCUGAAUUAAAUAUGCUGCACAUACUGCAACGGAGAAGCAGUUCUUUGUAAUUUGGCUACAUCUGUAUAUUUGGAAAAUCAUUGCGAAAAUCAACUGAAUGUAUUAAUGGUGAAUGUAUUAGAUGGACCAUUUCGUGAUCUGUUAGCUACAUCUUUCAGUUCACAUUACUGUUUCUUUCGCUCACGAUAGCAUGUACAAUGUUAAAAAAAUGUGAAAAGCAUCACAUCUUGUUUCUUUCCUUUGUUACCUACUAAUCUCUUCAUGAUCAUGGGCAUAGUCAUCUUCACUAAGCACAGUGGAUAUGAGACUGUGUAAAAUGAGUAAAAGACUCAUUUUCUAAAAAUGGCUUAACAAACACUUUGUCCUUUCUGUUUAAAUAGAUAAACUUAGGCCAGGGAUUUUUAUGCAAUUUUUAUUCAAGUAUCCCAAGCCUCGCAAGUCUAAGACAGCUGACCCAAGCCAGCCAUGCCGUCACUUGCUGUGGGUCUUUUAUUGCUGUGUAGAUGUACCCUAAGAGUACCUUCUCCCAGCCCUGAAGAAGAGCUCUGUGUGUCUCAAAAGCUUGUCUCUUUCACCAACAGAAGUUGGUCUCAAUAAAAGAUAUUACCACACGUACCUUACACUCUUCCUGACAGCUAACACUUCUCACCACUUUUACCUUAAUACUAUCUAAGUUAAUAUCCAUUUCCAAAUCUGUCUGUGACUAUGGUUGAGGUUCUUCGUACCAUUAAUUGUGGUUCAUGUUUAGAAGUAAUCCAAUUAUGUGAUCUAGAGGAAACUCAUUUCAAACCCUGUUGUACGUCCACCAGAUUAGGAGACAAAAUCAUUGUGGUAAUCACUGAAGUGUAUGUGAAAUACUUAUUAAAGAGGUAAUCCUGAAGGAA